AUGCAACCACAUUUUUAUAUGUUUAUUCGUGCAAUUCAAAACGAUUAUGCUUAUAAUUCAGCAAUAUCUUCACGUCCUGCAACCACCUGUACAAUACCGCCAAGAAAAAAAUUAUCUGUGAAUCGAAAUGCACGAUUACACGAUUUAGAAAAUCGUUAUAAACAACGAAGGUUAAUACUGGAAGAAUGUCUUGAAAAAGUGAUGCGAUUAAUUGGUAUCAAAAAAUUUUGA